AUGAGGACCUCCUUUGAAAUGACGAUGAUGCUCGUCGUGACAGGAGUUACCAACGUGUGCAUGUUUCCCGCCAUAUACAGCCUUUACCAUCGACAAUUUGUCUUUGAGGCAUUUAUCGGCAUGUUUACAAUGGUGACUAGCUUCAUGUAUCACGUAUGUGACAGUAUCGAUGGCCCGCUAUGGCUCACUGAAGGACAAUGGCAUCGGCUUGAUAAUGUGGGGUCUAUCAUGAGUUUUGUCAUGUGGAUUAUUCACCUCAUGGACCUGCGUCAUCCAGUGUUUGAGCGAUAUGUGCAGUACUUCUUCCUGGCUAUUGUGCUAAUGUUUCAGGAAAAGAACCCAUGGGACGAUCGAAAUUCAGUGAUCCCCAUUGUCAGCAGCUUUACAAUGCUCUUGAUUAGCUUUACAUACCAAAGGCGGGUGCCUAAAUACAACUUGCAGCAUUUUCGACGAGGAUUGCUCCUGUUGUUAUGUGGCAUUGGGUGCUUUGUGCGCGGACUGGAUGAUGACACCGACCCGUUCCGAUUUUUUCACGGAUGCUGGCAUGGAUUUGUCGGCGCUGCUGCCUAUUAUAAUUUCAAAGUGCUACCCGAUCGUAAUGACAAGGGUUUGCCCAUUAAAAGGCAAGACUGA